UUAGGAAGUGUUUUGUUUUUACCACGUCUCAAGUCAGAUUUGUUCUCAGUAAAAUCUCUAUUUACUUUAAUUUUUUCUGUUUCUAAAUGGCGCUUGAGGAUGAGUUGUCGUGUCCUGUGUGUACUGAACUCUUCAGUGAUCCGGUGUUGUUGAGCUGUGGACACAGUUUCUGCCGUCAGUGCAUUAAUGAUCACUGGACCUCCAGUAAAUCCAGAAACUGUCCCGUCUGUCGACAGGUGUCACCACAGGAACCGGUGUCCAAUCUGACCCUGAGAAACACCUGUGAAACUUACCUGAAAGAGAAAAACAAGAAGAAGGAGAAGGAUGGAGAACACGAGUGUCCGCUACAUGGAGAGAAAAUCAAACUGUUCUGUCAAACAGAUGAACAGACGAUAUGUACGAUGUGUUGGGAGUAUGAGCACAGAUGGCACAAAACACAGCCUUUAGAACAGGCUGUAAGACAACGCAAGGGAAAGCUGAAAACAGCUAUUCGUCCUGCCGAAAAUAUGUUGAUGUCAUUACGGAAUGGUGCGGCACAAGAUGCUAAGAUCUCUAAAUACAAUCAGUCUCAAGCUCAGCGAACAGAGAAAAGAAUCAGGGAGGAGUUUAACAAACUCCAGCAGUUCCUCAAAAAGGAGGAGGAGAGCAGGAUAACGGCUCUAAAUGAAGAAGAGAAAGAAAAGAGAGGGAAGAUGAAGAGGAAAAUACGCUCGCUCUCAGACAGACUGCGGGAGGUGGAGGAGCGGAUGAAGGACGAUGACGUCACCUUCCUUCAGAAUUAUGACAGCAUUGUGAACAGGGCUAAAAAGACACUUCCAGAUUCAGAACUGAGUCCAGACGCGCUUAUUGAUGUUCAAAAACAUCUGGGUAACUUGAAGUACCAAGUCUGGGAGAAGAUGAAGGACAUCUGCCCUUACUACCCUGUGAUCCUGAAUCAAAAUGCAGCUCCACCCGACGUUUCCAUGUCAAAUGACCUGACCUCCGUGACCUCAUGUAUCCAUCGGCAGAACGAGCACAACCCUCUUCCUCUGCACAGCAACCAUUUGGUGCUGGGGAGUGUGGGGUACAGUAGUGGUGUUCAGACGUGGGACAUUGAGGUGGGAAACAGUCACCAGUGGAGCCUUGGAGUGUGUCUUGGAUCAGAGGAAAGGUCUGUCGUGCAAAUGCUGAACCCUGCAAAUGGCUUUUGGGGUAUCAGACGUGAUGGAGAUGUAUACAGAUUCCUGAACAUUACAGCUGCAUUCAAGCUGAAAACAAAUCCCCAAGUAGUGCGCGUGAAGCUGGAGGAUUGUUAUGAUAAGAAGGGAGGAUGCUGGAGAAACGUGAGCUUUUCUGAUGCUACUUGUAAUAGCCCUUUUGCAUAUUUUCACCUGCCUGCAGGGAUGGAGCUCUUUCCAUUUGUCAUCCCAGAAAAGCGCUCUGGCCCGCUGCGUAUCGUCCCAGCUAAAGUUACUGUGACAAUCGAGCACGUUGGAGAGGAGAGAUCUUUGCCAGAGAGACAUAGAGACUCACCAAAGGUGCAAUGGAACGUGUUGUUUCUUGCACUGUUUUUCUUACUUGUGGUGGUCUGUGUUUUUGUAAUGUAUCAUCUUAUAUACUGAGUAAUAAACAUUAUAAUAACAUAUAAUAACACAACAAAAUAACAUUACUCAGUAUCUUGGGAACCGACUGUAAUAUUAGCUACUAAGCUUGUGGAAAUGCGUUCGAUCGGAUUUCUCUCAUAGGGUGGAUGCUCAUGUGGUCGAAUGCAGUUGAACAUACACUAAAAACUGUUAGCAUGUUUUUGGGAAGUGUGCUAGGCAGAUGGGAUUUACACUUUGUUGGGCUGAAACAUAAAGUUUAUUUUGAAAUACAGCAGAAAUAUACAAAAAUGUUCUGGCUAUUGGUCAUUAGUAAACACUUUGCGAGCAUAUAAAAGUGUGGCUGGAAGGAGCAGACUCUUCACUACAGGAUGAGUUCAAGAACAGACUGGAAAGCAUUUGCUUCUCGGUGACACUUGACUCACACAUGGACAUUAAUACCUACACCAGUUCUGUUCUGCAUCACAUCAACAGGUGUGUCGACAGUUCUAACAUGCAGUACCACAAUCAGCAACCCUGGAUGAAUGAGGAGGCCCUACUUCUAAUGAGGGCACGUGACACUGCCUUAUAGCGCUGCUUUGAAAUUUAACUUAUAAUAAAAAACACUGAACUUCGCAACUGUUUUUAUGUUCAUUACAGCAAAGCUGCUUUUAGCAAUCUGUGUUUUAAAGCGGGAUAUAAAACAUAAGCCUCUACCGUAUAUAGGAAGAUUUGUGGUAUGGCAAACAAAUAGGUUGAAAUGAAUUUGUGAAUGUUAUCAA